CGUUGUCACCACAACUACCCACUUCACUCUCAAUAUUUCAUGUGCUCUUAUAUAUAUACUCCCAAUCAUAUUGGUUUAUCACCAUUUUUCGCUUAAAUAUUCUUUGCUGAAACACAACCAUGGCAUCCCUUUUGGUCGUCCUAUGUACUUGUGUGAUCGUUUUCAUGGCUGCCACGAAUAGUGUUGAAGCUAGCGUGCAAUUCAAAGUUGGUUGGCAUGUACCUGCCCCCAACAAUACUGAAUUUUAUAUCAAAUGGGCUGAAAAGAACAGAUUUCAAAUUGGUGAUGCUCUUGUUUUUGAGUACCAGAAUGACUCGGUUCUUAGUGUGGAGAAAUGGGAUUACAUUAACUGUGACGCAAGUAACCCCAUCACUGCUUUUGACAAUGGAAAGAGCACUUUCAAUCUUGAUAGGCCUGGAGACUUCUACUUCAUCAGUGGAACCGAUUAUCACUGCAAUAAUGGGCAAAAACUUGUAGUGGAUGUGAUGCACCCUCAUCCUAUUCCCAAAUCUCCACCACCCAUUUCGCUUCCACCACAAAGCUUUCCACCAAUGGCUCCUCCACCAUCGGAUGAUAGCUCAGAGGUUCCAUCAUCAGCCUCCACGCUUCUUACUACAAUUGUUAUGUCUUCUUUGGUCACAUUUGUUAGUGUCAUGAUGCUGUUAGCACCCUGAAAUAGUUGGUUUUCUUUUCUUGAUUAAUUGCUUCUGGAAUACCAGUUGUUUA